GACUUUUCGCACACUUUUCUAAUACACCUCUGCGUUCCAGUUGCAGUAAUCAGCCAGCCAGUCAGUCUUUGAGAAAAAUAUGCAAUAAAUUUAGUAAUUUAGUCCCUAGCAUAUAUUUGCGAUUUAGGCAGUAAAGUGAUUGAAAAUUUCUUGGUAAUCGGAAGAUUCGAGUAACACGAUAGUGCUGCAUAGUUGACUUAGGGACUCCCCCACCCAAGUAAGUGCGAAAUAUAUAUUUUCCCUGCACUUUGGAAGUUAUUGCAAAAACUGCAUAACGCAAACUACGCGGAAGUUAAGAGGAGCAAAUUAAAUAUGAAAUCAUCGGUGAGAGGUUUACUUUUGUGCUGCCUUCUGGCAGGAGUAUUCUCAUCGGUCUACUGUCAAGAAGCUAGCAAUCCUGCUGUUGCGACAAACAAAUCCAAUGAGAAGGUUCCAAUUACAGAAAAAAUACCAACCACAUCGAAGACAAUUACAACAGAUCCUAUAAUAACAACAACGGAAACCGUCGAUCCACAAAAAACAACAACAACAACAACUCCAGAUAAUUCCACAACAACUACUAUUCAACCCAUACCUGAUAAAAAUACAACUGUAGCACCAAUAACAACAACUGCGGCACCCACCACAAGCAGCAGCUCCACUACUACUACAACCCUUGCUCCUGACAACAGCACCACCACUUCUACUACUACUACUACAACCCUUGCUCCCGACAACAGCACCACCACUUCUACUACUACUACUACGACUCCUGCUCCCAACAACAGCACCACUACAACAACUACAACUCCAGCUCCACCAACACCUCGCCCACCAUGCAAUCACUUUGACUUCCCAUCCUUCAUUGGUGGCAUUGUUUUGACUUUGGGUAUUUUAGCGAUCAGUUUGGUCGCCUACAAAUUCUACAAGGCACGUAAUGAACGUAAUUACCAUACCCUUUGAGCCGCCACUGCAUUCACAUCGGCAUUUAAUGCAGCAGCCAAUACAGCGCCACCCAAUUCGUCCAUAGAUGUGGAACGUGUACGCUUCGUACAGCCCUCGUUUCCGUUGCAAUCACCACCACCACCGCAAACAUCGACGGAAUCGUCUGGCGCACCACCAACAUCUUCACCAUCCGUUAGACAACGGCUGUUGCAAACAUAAUUAAUGAAUUAAACAAAAAAAAAAAUAUUAAAAUAAAAAACAGAAAACUAAAGUGAACUACGAAUACGCAAAAAAUCGCGACUUCUAUCCCUUCCUAUUACAUUUCAUAUAUAAGCAACAAUAAAAAAUGAUUGAUAACCUUUCUCUGCACUAUAUGUAAAACAUAACUACAUGUACAUGUAUGUAUGUAUGUUGUAAAGCGAUAUUGUCAUACAACAAAUGAACAUAUUCUAAUACUUUUACCGUUAAACAUAAAAAGUUGUAAUUUGAAAAUUAAUAUAGUGCUGUUCUAAACUAAUAAUGCUUAUUUGCUCGUGUUAAUUGCAAAUUAUUCAUUUAAACCAACACACAUUUGCGGUGCAUUAUUUCAAACGAUAAAUAUAUAUACAGAAGUCUAUAUUUUUAAAUAAAUAAUCAUAAUAUGUUUGAGACUGUUUAAUAAGUAUGGUGUUCUGCGGAACACAAGUAGGGCGCUAUCAGGAAGCGAAGACUUGUACAAAUUUUUCACACAUUCACAUGUCGAUUCUAAGAAUACGUUAAAUCAAAUUAUUAUGCUAGCAGCAUAUUCGUAAAGCUUUUUAAUGAGUGUUAUUAACACAUACAUACAUUUAUUAUUAUGAAUUGUAUACACAUAUUUAUCCUGUAAACAUUGCACUUUGCUGGUAAAUGUGCUCGCGUUUUUAUAGCUGCAGUGGGUGUGGCAAAGAUUUUUUGCAAAGCUUAAGUAAAUGCAGACAUAUGUGGAAUAUGAAAAUGUGUAUGUAUGUAUGUUUCUCGCGAAAGAGGGAUUUUUAAAUUGAUAUAGGAUAUCAAAUUGGCGGCGUAUUGUUUGUAAAUGAUAAGAAAUAAAUUAAAUAUGACUUGUGUAAAGUGUGAAAAGAACAUUUGUUUAAAUAAAGCUAAAUAAGUAUAAAAAUAUUUAAAAUAUAGACAUUAUUUCGGAAAUACACAUAUGUAAUCUCUUAA